AACUAAAAACAUAACAUAGAAAGUAAUUUUAGCAUAUCUAUAAACAUACAAAAAUAUCUUUGACAUGAUCGAUUAUAUGUUUUUCUAACUUCAAAAGAACCUUUCUCGAAGGAUUUUAGAGGAGCGCUUUAAUUUUACAUUUGAAAAUGUCAUCCUUUUCCAAAGGAUUUUAUAUGAACUUUUUCCAAAUUAAAAAGGCAAAGCAUUAAUUUCUUGCAUUUUUGGAUUUUUUUAAAUUUCUUUGUGCUGCUCUUUUUUGUUGACAUUUUAUCUGUGAGGUCCUAAAAUUGCUCCUAAGUUAGCAAAGCGUGGCAUCCUAAGCGGGCUCGCAACACCACGCGUUACUUAACUAUGCUUCUGUUCUGAACAAAGAAGAGGGGAUCGGGGUGCAGCAUGAAUGCAGAGAGAGAAAGGGACGCACUCACUGGAGAGCGGGAGAGAGGUGUGGCUCCAUAGAGAGACACAGCCAAGACUGUAUAGUGUAAAACCAGUGAUUAGAGAGAGAGAAUGGACAGAGAGAGGAAGGAGGAGAAGGGGAAGAGAGAGGAGGAGAAGAAACCAAUGUCAUUGAUGAGGCCGGUGACCGAGGGCGCCUACGGUGGUGGACUCUAUGGCACAGAUGAUGGUGGCGCGCCUAAGCAGCAAAUGCCCGUGCAGAGGCAGCCUGCGAGCGACACACAGAGCGCGGAUGGCCCCGUCGUAGAGCCGUCCGUGCCCAAGCACGAACCGCCUCCGUCCACUGGAGAUCGCGACCUUGACAUAACCGGUCAAUCGUAUAUCCAGUAAAAUUACACGAAUUCCUUUCCUACUAGUUUAUGCUGUAACACUAGCCCAUAAACUAAUGAAGCCCGUACCCGGGUCACUGUUGCCACUACUUUCCAUGAAUAAUGGAUUAAUUUUUUAUUGACUCACCCACCUACUCGCUCUGCUUUGGACUUUGCUUGUUUAUAAUGUAUUUUCACCUUCAUUUUUUUUUCUUCUCUUUUUCGGACAGGCCCGAGCCCAAGAGUUCGAAGAUGAGAACCAGUCGUAAGGAAAGAUUGAAAUCAAAUAGUAGUUUUAAUACUGUAAAUCUUUUUGACAGCUUUAAAAUAUAUUUUCAUCUUUAAUUAUAAAAUUUAAAGCUUUCAAAAAAUUUGUGGAUCGAGGAGACUCCGUCAUCAACUCGGGUGGAAGAAACCAUGCAACUUCAUUAACAAAUGAAUCCUAGCCUGUGAAGAACGUCCCCUAUAUAACCCCUAAAAAGCUUUACAAAAUUUAGGGCAAAUAAUAUCCCAAGCAAGCUCUUGAACCAUUGCUUUCACCAUUAAUCCUUGGAGGCAAAACUCCACAAUGUAACAACCUUCGAUGUACCUAGGGACACCUCACUUUUGACAUGUUGAAUUUGACCUUUUAGAGCCAAAACUUAGUAAAUCUCUUACCUACACUCCUUAAGCAUGAUUGCAUACAAUGAGACCAUUUUAACUUAUUACCCUAGAGGAAUUCCCCAAAUAUCAAUUUGAUACCUCGGAAUCCCUAAAGUGGACCCAUUCAAAAUUCAUCAUCCUAAUUAAGUUAAAUUUCCCUAUAGAAUUCAAAUGAAAUAACUCAUUAAAAAUUUCUCCCAAUUAGGUUAUUUUUCUUCCUAAAUUAUAUAAAAUUUCUUCGUAAAUGUAAAAAAAGCUCAAGAAUAACCCAAUUCAAUGCAUGGUUUCAGAGAUAUGAGAAGAAUAGUGACACAAAUGCCUUCGAAAUAGUUAUCCUAGUUAGAACUCUGAAUUAGUGCAUCAUGUGCUACGGAUCGGAUUAUUUAUUUUCAAGAUUUUUAAGCUAGAUCUGCUUGAUUUGAACUAUUUUUGGAGUUUAAAAAUUUUAUAACUGGAGAUAAAAAUCGAUUUGCACACCAUCUAUAAGAAUUUUCGACACCAAAAUUGCAUCUCAUGACAAAUUUUGAAGGUGCACCUUGCUAUGAUUGUUUAGAUUGCAACCUUACGCAGACCACACCCUUUUGAGAACACCUUGCUAAAGUUGAAGUCCCACCUGACACUCACAGGUGUAACAAAGGGUCACUUUCAAAAUUUUAUUACUCAAGGAAUCCCAAAGUAGAAGGCUUGAAACCUAGAGAUUAUACUAACGUGUAGAUACCCCAUUUCAGGUAAUUGGAUUUGUGAUGUCCCAAAACCUAAACCGAGACUUUAACCCUAGAAAAUCCCUUACCUUGUAGAGUUUUAUUCGGUUCAUUGAACUUCUAGGAUCCUUCAACUUUAAGCCUCAGACCUCCCUAAA